AUGGCCACUAAGCAAGAAAUGAUCAACAGAAAGAGAAAAUCAUCAGAGCCCCAACAACAAGAAGAUCAUCUCCUCCAGCUGACUCUUUCUACACCUUUUCCUUCCACCACCCCCCCAACACCAAUAACGCCGCCACCGCUGCCGCCACCACCACCCUUGCAAGAAGAACAAGAAGACCAUGAUAAUGAGCUGCAGUUUACUCUUCCACCACCCCAUGUCGUCUACAUGGACCCUUUGGGCCUAAUGCCGGUCUGGAAUCCUACACCCCUCCCUACAGUUCCGCCACCACCACCACCCACAAUGCUGCAACAACCACAACAAUCAUCUUUGCCACCACCCCAUUUCUUCUGCAUGACACCUUUCGGCCCAAUUCCGGUCUGGUAUGCUAUACCCCUCACUACAGUUCCACCUUGGGCCACCACUCGCCGAGCCACCAUCCACAGUCUUGCUCAUCUUGAAUCCCGACAAAUCUUUACCAUCACAGGACAUGUCCAAUGCAAGAUAUGCUAUAAACGCUACGAAAUUCAAUAUGAUCUUAAAGAGAAAUUCAAUGAAGUGGGUGGUUUCAUAGUAAAAAACAAAGACACCAUGCUUGGUCGAGCUCCACAGAAAUGGUUGAACCCUGUUCUUCCAAUCUGCAAAUUCUGUCAAGAACAGGGCAAUUACAGAGUCAAGCCAGUGAUUGCAGAAAAGAAGAGAGAUCAAUUGGCUUUUUCUACUUCUGGGUCAGAUGAUUGGAUGUUGUAG